AUGGUUCGAACCUUCGCAGUGACGGCGCUGGCUCUCCUUCCCCUUGUUGCUGCUCAGCAGAUUGGCUCAACUAAGGAGGUGCACCCCCAGCUCACCACCUACAAAUGCACGUCCCAGGGCGGCUGCGUCAAGCAAAACACCUCGAUCGUGCUAGACUCUGGCUCCCACUGGAUCCACGCAAAGGGAGGCGAGGUGUCAUGCACGACCAGCAGCGGGCUGGACCCGGCACUUUGCCCGGACAAAGAGACCUGCGCUGAGAACUGCGUGGUCGAAGGCAUCACGGACUACAGCCAAUACGGUGUGCAGACACGCGGCGACGCCAUGCUGCUCCGCGAGUACAUCAAGCAAAACAACCAGACCAAAGCGCCUUCGCCACGCGUGUACCUCCUCGACGAGGACGGUGAGAACUACAGCAUGCUGAGGCUGCUGAACCAGGAAUUCACCUUCGACGUCGACGUCUCCAAGCUACCCUGCGGCAUGAACGGCGCGCUGUACUUCUCUGAGAUGUCCGCGUCGGGCGGCCGCAGCGCGCUCAACCCCGCCGGCGCUGCCUACGGCACAGGCUACUGUGACGCACAGUGCUACACCAACGCCUGGAUCAACGGCGAAGCCAACACCGCCAAGGCCGGUCUCUGCUGCCAGGAGAUGGACAUCUGGGAGGCCAACGCGCGCGCCAAUGCCUUCACCCCGCACCCGUGCAACUCGACCGGCCUGCUGGGCUGCGCCGGUGACGAGUGCAACUCCGUCUGCGAUAAGGCCGGCUGCGGCUUCAACCCCUACGCCCUCGGCGCCCGCGACUACUACGGCACCGCCAUGACUGUCGACACCACCAAGCCCUUCACCGUCGUCACCCAGUUCCUGACCGCCGACAACUCCACUACUGGCGCCUUGAGGGAGAUCCGCCGCCUGUACGUGCAGGCCGGCCAGGUCAUCCAGAACGCGGUCGUAAAGGUCGACGGCCGCACCGUCAACUCCAUCACCGAGCCCUACUGCGCCUCGCAGGGCGUCUUCGAGGGCCUGGGCGGCCUGCGCCGCAUGGGCGAGGCCCUCGGCCGCGGCAUGGUCCUCAGCAUGAGCAUCUGGAAUGACGCCGGCGGGUUCAUGCACUGGCUGGACAGCGGCAAUUCGGGCCCCUGCAGCAGCACCGAGGGCGACCCGUCGCUCAUCGAGAACAAAUAUCCCGAUACGGCGGUGACGUUCUCGAAGAUACGCUGGGGAGAUCUUGGGACGACCUUUGCUACCCGACGUCUUCAUUAG